AGUGCGUCGGCAGCGCCGGCCGAGGGAGGGCGGCUUUCUCUGCGCUCUCUCCGACGAGUGUAGAUCUUCUGGGCACCCUACUGAUCAGCCACAAUGAUAAUGCUGAGGACUCGCGUGCUGCCACUGUUUGGCUUGGUGCCUCUGGUGGCCUGUUUCGCGGGACCUCCCUUCGAGCCUGUCUUCUUCGACGGCAGGCCACUUGAUGGCGAGCUGGUGUUCGGGCCGCCGGUGCUCGAGCGGCGCCUGGGUCGACUGGAGCGCCACGCGCCGGCCUCCUCCGAGCUCACCCCAGACGGACUGCUCGGCGCCGACCCCACACAGGUGGCGCUGGCGGAGCUCGUACGAGAGCCGCGCAUCGGCGAGCGCGUGCGCACCCAGAUCAACUACGCGGCCGGCAAGCAGCCGAUUGUGGUCAAAGUGAGCCCGCGCCCGUACGCCCCGCUGCCGCAGGUGGAGAGGCCGCUGGGAGCGGCUUCGGCGGCGCUGCCACACCCCGUCCCGAGUCCAUCGAGACCCUUCCAGGGUUCCAUCAACGGCUUCAAGCGACCUGAAGACGUGUUUGGACCAGGUCCAGGCUCGUUCAACUCGUUCAGCAGUGGAGGAUCGUUCAGCGGAGGAGGAUCGUUUGGCCGACCGUCUGGUGGCCGGCCCGGUAAUCGGUUCCCCAGCCGACCAAGGCCCGUGGUGCGUCCUGGCUUCGUCAUCCGCGACAACCCGCCGACGAGCCCGCCGUUCCCCGAGACAGUAACCGGGCCGCCGUACCGUCCCCCGCCCAACGGCGGACUGCGCGAGGUGUACCGACCCAAGCCGGAAGGCCCGUUUUUCGUUCAGGGUCGCGACAACCCGAACCGUCGCGGCCUGCUGGCUGAGGAGGUGGCGGUGAACGCCGUCGGCGAGCGGCCGCACCUGGCCCUGGUGGAGGUUUCUGACCGCACGGAGCGGCCGAUCGGGGUCUCCGAGACGCCCGUGUCCGGUGGCCGGCUGACGGCGCGCGGCCCGCUGGACGGCGGAACCAUGCAGCUGACCAACGUGCACACCGUGUCGCGCGUGCAGCGGCCGCCGGGAGCUGGUCAGAGACAUGGCCGGCUGCUGAACGGGUUCGCCGCCGGCGUGCUCGGCUUUCCUCCGACUCCGCCGUCCGCUCCAGCCCCGCUGCAGAUCGCUGCAUCAACCAUGGAGCCGGCAGAGAUCUCUUCAAUCGCGCCGAGCGGUGCUGUACGCUUCACAGACAGCCUGAGUCUCACUCUGGGAGGUCCCGGUCUGCCAGGUCGACCGCCGAUCAGCGUAACCCCUGCCGGAGGUCACGGUAUCGUCUCCCAGAUCCGCACAGCCGGUCCGACGGCCCCUGGAUUCCUGGGCACCAGCCCUAGCGCGUCUGUAAGGUCGAGCAGUGGCAGCAGCACCUCUAGACGACCGUCCCCCACGACAUCGCAUGGCAGGUCGAGGAAGAUGCCCUCCUCGAGACGUCCCCCGGUCACCGCUGGACCCACCGGACUACCGUUCCUCCCCGGACGCUCCAAAAGCGUCACUCCGGCGGGACUCGGCGUCGCCCAGGCCCUGACCGCCAGCCCGCCCACUCCCCACCCGCUCCUGCAGUUCACCUCACCGUCUGCUGCCCCGUUCACGGCCGGCCCUUUCGGCACCACCGCCGCUCUGACACAAGGUCCCACGGCGUUCUCACUUCCGAGCGGACAGCUCUCGUUCCCCAGCGCCUUCGGUGGUGGCUCUCAGGGCUUCGGGUUCCCCCCUGUGGCCACGCAGAGACAACUGGGAGCAGGAGGUCGCUCGUUCAACGGUCAAACUUCUCUCAGCCCACCCCGCUCACCCAUUCCCGCAGGACCUCGUCUGCCCGACUUCAUGUCGCGAGACAGUCUGAGACCGAGCCGACACGGUCAGGGCAGGGUGGCGGGACCAGCGCUGCCUUUUGAGAGCCCCCCGGCCGCCGGCAGUCAGCAGACAUUCGGUGCCGUUCGACCUCCGUUCCAGAAUCAGUUCGACCCUCGUGUCCGCCGCGGCUUCCAACCCAACUCAGGACUGGGGCUGGGGAGGACGCUGGAACAGGAGUUUGCUGCCGCUUUCGGAACUGAUGCAUUCCUUACUGGCAACACGCAGCAACCAACUGCGUUUGGUGCGACAGGAGGGUUCCAAAAUCAGCUUGGUCUGGGACGUGGUCAGGGCGCAGUGAAUCAGGGUCUCUUCCCGACGGCUGGCACCCGAGGCAGGAGUUUGUUCAACUCACCCUCCGGCAUUGGCGGUCGCAACAACGGCUUCCCCACGACCGCCGGCGCAUUCAACAACCGCGGGCAGUUCCCAGCGGGCCGUGGCGGCAACGGCGCCUUUUCCUCACCUACGGGACCCUCCACCAGGCGGGGUCUGUUCCCUGCGACACAAACUGCUGCGAACAGGAACGGUCUGUUCCCGUCAUUGACCAGUCCUUCCAGUCCCCUCAAUGUGUUUCCGACCACAUUCUCAAACCGGGGAGUUAAUAACGCCUUUGGCUCAGCGUCUACUCCUUCCGGCUCUCUGAACCCAUUCUCUACAACUCCCUCUGGCCGCAGCACCAACGGUCUGUUGCCGUCACUGACCUCUCCUUCGACAACACUCAACCCGUUCUCCACCAACCCAACCCUGCAGGGCAGAGGAAACUUCUUCACAUCCCCGACCCGCCUUCCUAACAACCGCGGAUUCUUCCCCACGACGCCGUCCUCUCAGCGCGGACUGUUCACGCCCUCCGGUCGCUCCACCUCUCGUGGCGCCUUCCCCACCUCUCAAUCCGUCCCCACUCGCUCGAACCGGUUCCGUCCAUCCACUCCGUCUGGCUUCUCUGACCUCGACCGCGGCGUGACGCGCGCGGGUCCGACGAUGCCCGGUCGCAGGCGAGCCACCGAAGACUUCCCGCAGGACUUUGAAGAGGAAGUACGGUACUUUGAGCCUCCGGGUCGUCAGGCGGCGCUCAGUGACGAGCGUCUUAGACAGGCUUCGUCGGCCUCCAGUCUGGCGGGCACCUCUCUGGCGCUGUUAACGGCCACCCUCCUCCGGAUGAUGGUCUGAGGAGUGUGUGCUGUGGAGAGCGAGCUAGGGAGUGACCCCAGCCACCACAGGAGCAGCAAGCAGCAGCAAACCGCCGACUUAAAGGGACCCUCCCACCUUAACAUUAGUUUUGAGUUGAGAUAGCCAAGUUUGCGGCCAGGCUCAGAAACCACCAUUUAUCCUCGUCGCAGCCCCCGCAGCUUUAUGGUGUUCAAGAAAUUUCUUCCCUUUACUUGCAGGGUGGGACCAGCGUGGUCCCUAUCUCUUAACCAUUACGGGAAUCUGAUGACGUCAUCAGGCUUUCGAACUUCCGUUAAAUGUUUGACUAAAACGUUUUGUAGCACGCGGUGGUAUAUGCUGCUUUGCGCGCAACAAAUGCCGCACUUUCAAAUAAAGUCGCUAGGAACAGCGGAGAUCCCAAAAAGUAAACAAAAGUAAAAGUCUAAUAUCUUGAAAACCAGUGAAUAUUGUUCGAUGAAAUUUGGUAGAUAUUCGUUUUUGCCCUUUCUGAACCGAGCGACAUCACUUUCAUGCCAAUUCAUUAACUUUUUUGAAGGUGGGAGGGUCGGUGGCGAUGUGUCGAUUAGGAGCGAUUCAAUGGUGAGAUCUGUCCGUUCGCAGUUGUGUGCGCUGAUCGUAAUGAGGAUAAGAGGCUUCAACGUGUGGGAUGUGUCUAGGGUAAUGCAUAAACACAACGAAUGGCAAAACCUAUGUAUAAGACGGAUGUUGUUUGUAUUCCUUCCACCAUAGAUAAUAUGAAUCAUGUUGGACAUAGAUUCAUGUUAUCUAUGGUUUCACGCAUUAUUGCAGCUCUGCAUAUUAUAGCGGCGUUCUAUUGAUUAAGGUGAUUGUUAUGCAACUUCAAAGUUCGGAACGGAGCCGAAUUGUCACUUAUUGUCAUUGUUAGUAUGUGUCGUUGUUUAGACACCACUGUUUUAGACUGUAUGCUUGCCAUGUUUGGAUAAGUGAUGAAAGUGUCAAGUAUUCAUACAUUUUUUGCUUAUAGAUUCACAUGUGUUUUAGCAUAUAUCCGCGUAAAAUAUUUAUACCAAAAAGAGCACAUCAUGAGCUGAUGAAGAACUGAUGACUGAUGAUUAUUUAUACGCGUUCGUAAAUAAAUACAUAAAACCACUUGAGGCUUUUCGGUAGUAUGGCGG